UAUUGACAUAGCAACCGGGCGACAGAGCCACCAAGUUGUUUUUACUCCAUAUUAGUUUUUUGCCGUCUCAUCCGCAUUCAAACGUCUUAGCUGUAUUUUCGACCGCUGCCAUGAAUGGUGCAGUGGUGAAAAAGACCCAGGACACGCUGGGAAAAGUGAUAAAGAAACCACCUCUGACGGAGAAAUUGCUAAGCAAGCCGCCGUUUCGAUACCUUCAUGAUAUCUUCAGUGAGAUCAUCAGAACCACAGGGUUUUUGAAAGGCCUUUAUGAAGAAAAUGAAAUGAAGUCAGAUAAUGUUAAGGAUAAGGACUCUAAGAUAGUUUUCCUCCAGAAAGCAAUAGAUGUCGUGAUGCUGGUGAGCGGGGAGCCCCUGGCGGCAAAGCCAGCACGCAUUGUGGCCGGCCAUGAGCCCGAGAAAACCAACGAGCUGCUGCAGGCCAUUGCCAAGUGCUGCAUCAACAAGAUGUCCAGUGAUGAUGCAGUGAAACGAGUGCUUGCAGGAGAAAAGGUGGACAUAAAGACCAAGGCCAGCACCUCCAGAUCCCAGGACAAGGAAAACAGGGAGGGACGUGAACGUCAUCUGGAUAGAGAGGAGAAGAAAAAGAUUACUGAGCGCAGUGGGAGCCGAGACCAGAAGGACCCAGACCAGCCCAAAGAGCAGGAGAGCAGACGCAGAGAUGGGGAGAAGGAGCACCACCGGGACAGGGAGCGCUCUGAUAAACACCACCGCAGCGAACAGGAGCAGCACGCCAAAGACAGAGACAAAGACAAGAGCCGCGACCAGGAGCGAGACAAGGACAAAGACAAAGGAAGAGUCAAAGACAGGGACAAGGAGAAAGACAAAGAGAGGGAUCGAGAAAGGGAAAAAGACAAGGAGAGAGACAAAGGCAGAGAAAAGACGAGAGAUAAGGAUUCUCACAGAGACCGGGAAAGAGACAAAGAAAAACGAAGAGACAGAGACAAAGAGCGGGAGAAAGACAGAGAGCGACACAAAGAGGGGGAAGAGAGGAAAAAAAGUGGGGAGAGCAGCAAUAGAAAGGUCAGAGUGUCAGAGGAACCAGAGCAGAAACCCAGCCCUGAGCCGAGCAAAACAGCCAAACCUGUGCCAGCGCCUGCAGAAGCAGUUGAGAACCAGCCUGAUAGUCCAGCUAGAAUACCUCGGCCUUCAUCUGCCAAAGGGCAGAGGCGGAGACCCAAAAUUGGAGGUCAGGAUGAAUCUGACAGUGAGGGAGACGGAGAUGCUCUGUUGGCUCAGAGACCUGCCCCGCUGGAAAAUGGAGACACUGCAGGCUCCUCGGCGCCAUCUGACAUGGCCUCCAGCAGCAACAGGCGAAUACCACGGCCCAGCAGUGCUCGCCCAGCACCUCCCAGAGUCAAGAAACAAGAAAGUUAUUCUGACAUGACCCCAGCUGAGAGGCUGUCCAGUGCCAAGCCCUCAGCUCCAGUCAUCAUGGAUGGAAAGAGACUAUCUGAGGACGAGGAGGAUGAAGAUGAGCAAUUUCUCGUGGAGGAGGCGGUCCCUCCCCCCUCAGAUGCUCCUGAGAUGGAGGUGCCGUCACAAGAUCUCAACAACGAAGACAAACAUGGUGGCCUUGUGAAAAAGAUCCUUGAGACCAAGAAAGACUAUGAAUUGUCCCCAUCCUCCCCCAAAUCUAAAGAACAGAAUAUAGUGUCUGAAGCAGCACGUAAGAAAGAGCGGGACCUCGUGACACGGGAGAUAGAGCGGCUCCGCUCGUCCAUCCAGACGGUGUGCCGCAGCACCCUGCCUUUGGGUAAGAUCAUGGACUACAUACAGGAGGACAUGGACGCCAUGCAGGCUGAACUGCACACCUGGCGGCGGGAGAACAAAGAGCACGCACAGGCAUUGCUGCAGGAGCAGAGAGCGACAGACAGGGCGGUGGAGCCUCUCAAGUCAGAACUAGCAGAGCUGGAGCAGCUGAUCAAGGACCAGCAGGACAAGAUUUGCGCUGUAAAGUCCAACAUACUGAAGAAUGAAGAGAAGAUCCAGAAGAUGGUGACUGGAAUCAAUUUCUCCUCUAGAACCUGAAGUGAGAAACAAAGUCUACAGAGAAAAAAAACGUUCCUGGAAAUGCACUGAAGAUUUAGGGAUGAACAAUGUCUCCUUCAGAAUAAUGGUAAGACCAUUUUUUUCUGGAGAUGAUGAGGAAUGGGACCAAACACUGCACUUUUAGGGAUUUUGUCAGACAAGGAGAUAGACCCAAACAUAUCAGACACCAUCAGUCAUGCAUUGCUAUAUAAAAGCUACAUUUGAUGGCCUGAAGGUCUGACUAAGAUCUGCUGUGACUGACGGAUAAAUAAAUGAAUAAAUAUCUUCCUGCUCUGCACAGUAACCUUACCCCAUCGUUUAGCCCUUUUCUGUAAUGGUGCCUUUGUGGAAUGAGCCAGUGCACAGGUGACAGGACUAGAUAGUUAUUUCUAAUGCUGGAUGAGUUCAUCAGAAGCUGUAAAUAUUUCAAACUUAAUUUGUUGCCAUUGCCUCACGUCUUAUUUUAACUAGCUGUGAGGACUUUGGACUGAGGCACUGCUGCACACAGAACGUGCAGUUUGAUUGGCACAAUAAGCAGGAUUGUUAUAAAUAUUUGCACUGCUGUACUGCUAUUGGAAAAACUACACAACAGUGAUUCAAUAUUCUCUGUCACAUUAAACUGGCUGAUCACAGGGUGAAAAUUAGGUUUUGCAUGCAGAAAUGAUAUGGGGAGUCCUAUGUUACAUGAUUGUAGUGUUCUGGUUGAAUUUGUCCUGGGACCUUUUAUACAUGUCAUACUCAUCUUUUCUUUGUCUUCUAAACCGUUAAGCUACGCUCCCUAAAAACUAGAUCUAUAUGUUUUCACAGCUGCACACUCCCUACGCUCUGUUUCUACCAUAGGAUUUACCAAAUUGUUCCUUUGUUUGGAGGAUGCAGAAAAAUUUGGUCAGAUGGCAACUUCUUGUAUGAACUUUUAAAUCUUUAUAAAUUUAAAAAACAAAGCUGUAAUUUUUUUGCUAGCUUCUUUUGUGACAUAAAGAAAUGUGCUUUACAGAUAUAGCAUGAAAAUAUGAAGCAAUACUAGGAUGGAUGGUAGAGAUGUGAGACUGAAAGUAACUACUGUCCCAGUUUUCCGUAAAACUUUCCAAUAAUGUCAUCCGCGUUUGAAUGAAAUACAAAUAAUAAUAUAAUAAUAAUACAAAACAAGAGCAGACUGGUCAGACAUGUUACUUUGCAUAGUGGCCCAUCUCACUCUGAAUGGAAAUGCAGUUAUCAUACUUAGGUAACAGUACCAAUCUGAUUUUACAUUGUUGUUAUUACUUGUAAAUGUGCAGUUGCUACCUCUGUUAGUUUUACUGCCAGUGUUUACAGGAAAUUAUUUAAAAAACAAACACUUGCUAGGACAUUCUGGUUGGAUUGAUGAAUGUAAUCCAUAUUUUCAAUAAUGUGUUUUAUAAUGCCCAGUUGUACAAAACUAGUUUAUUUUUUUUCCUUACACACUAUAGCUAGACUCUCUUUUUUCACAACCUCCAAAAUAUCAUUUUUUUUUCUUUACCCAAACACAAGUCCGCACUUCCACUGCCUGAUCAGGUUACCGAUUGGGAUAAGUGGCACUAGGGGUGGGAAUCACCAGAGGCCCCGCGAUAUGAUAUUAUCACAAUACUAUCAAGUCAAGAUACAAUAUAACUUAUUUUAAAUGUCUUGUGAUGUGUGUGUAUGCAUGAGUAUUCUGACAACAUAUAUUGCGAUAUGUUGCAAUAUAAUACCCUGUUUCAACUGCAAACAAAGGAAAACUUCAACAAGUUUCAGUCUUUCCAUCCCACUUCAAUAUUUCUUUUUCGCAGCAAAAUAUAUCUAGUGGACUGAAAAAGCUAUUUAUAUUAUUCUAAUAGGCUACCAACAAUUUAAUUUAUAAAAUUAUCAUUUACAUAAUAAAAAAAUUAUACCUUAGCAUCUGCUAAUCAAUAUAAUAUCGCCAUGCAAAAAUAUUGUGAUGCCAUGCUGUAUCAAUUUUUAACUCCCAGCCCAAGUGCUAAGCUAAAAACUGUUAAUCUAGUAGUAGAGAUGGUCUCCCGGGCCAGUGGACCGAUAUUUAUAUUGAUAUUUAGAGUUUCUAACUGGCAAAUUUUGUUUGUUUAGACCAUUUACAGGCAUUAAGUGCUACAG